AUGGUAGAGAUUACGGAGACCGAGAAGCACGUCGUCUUCGACGAUGACGGGCACAGCUCCUCGAGCGACGGGGAGGGACACGACCGUGCCGAAAUGGAGCUGCAGGUCACCUUUGAUCCUGGUAAGACACAUCGCCGGAAAAGCUCUCUCGACGUUAUGCACGUCGCCAUGCCCUCGUGGAAACAACCCAAGAAGAAGACCGAUUGCAUGGUGCACCAAUUCCUUGAAAGCCAACUUCGCGCCCAGGAUCCUUCUGCUUCUUCCUCUUCUUCUUCGUCGUCGGCGAUACUAGACAACGACUCCGAGUUCACCCACCGGAAGCCUUCCGCCUCGACGUCGUCGAAACCCGAGUUUGACACCCACCCUGUCUACAGCGGGACCUUAGAGCCCGUGCAAGAGGCCAGCAGCUCCACAAAUGACAGCGCCGAAGCUCCCACCUUCCCUCCGCAGAGUGACAUGCCUGUUCGACCCAAGCCUCGCGCCCUAUCCACCGGAAACUUAGGCCAGUCUGAUCAGCAGGCGUGGGCGGACAAGACCUUGCACAAAAUUGUCGCCUGCGAUGACUUCGACGAAAAUGGCAACCUUCCCAUCCGCGCGGCCCAGCCAAUCCCGUCUGCGCAGAUGGACGAAACCCUGACAAGUCGACUUUUGACUAAGAAGCAACUAAGUGAGAUGGCCUGGGGUGUCCGAGAGCUGAGCCGAAGACUGGGUAGCAUACGUCUGAAGCCUAAAGUGAAGAGUCUCUUCAUUCUCACUAAGAUUCACGACCGGGAUCUGAUUCCCAAGACGAGGGACCUAGCGCUCUGGCUCCUAUCACCUGAGAGGAACCGCCGGUAUACCAUCUACGUAGAGGAUCGGCUCAAGGACGAUAAGCGAUUCGACUCCCAGGGCCUCAUCCAAUCGGUAUGUAAGGAAUACGCCGCCAAGGUGGGCGCGGAUGAGGCUACCUGCUUCGAGAGGGUCAACAAGCAGCUGCGCUACUGGAGCGCCGAAGCCUGCGUCUCCAAGCCUCACCUCUUUGACUUUGUCAUCACUUUGGGCGGCGAUGGAACUGUGCUCUUUGCUAGCUGGCUCUUCCAGGGCGUUGUGCCUCCGGUAAUCAGCUUCGCCCUCGGCAGUCUUGGUUUCAUGACCAAAUUCGACUUUGCCGACUACCAGUCCAUUCUUACGGGGCCUUUGACAAGGGCGUCACCGUGA